AUGGCUACGACCGACUUCAAUGACUGGGAGCUCCUCCACUCCACCUCCGACUCCGACUCCGCCCCCGGCGAGCCUCUCAGCGAGAUUGACGCCGGAGGAUUGAUUCAGCUCGAUUAUUUCUCCCUAGAUGCUCGGAAUAUUGUCGUGGAGGACAUGGGUGACGGUCAAUCCGCUGCUGGGUCCGAUAACCCCAGUUGGAUCGAUCCCGGGCCGGAGGAGAACCCGAACAUGUACAUCCACAAGGAAUCCGGCGAGUUUUGGUCAGAUUCCGGCAGCGACAGGUCCGAUGACCGGGAAUUUGUCCAAAAGGAGGCGGUAAAUGAAAUGGGUUUUUCUCAGGAUGAGAAGAAGGGUGUUAGAGUUGGAGGGAUUGGGGAAAUAUUCGAGGGAGAUGGGGAAAAAGCGGAGGAUUUGGGGAAAGUUUGUUUGGAGUCGAGUGGGGUCAAAAUUAGCUCCCUGGAACACGGAGCUGUUGCAGAGGAGGUGGAUUCUCACGUUGAGCUGGAGGUUUCAGGCGAAGAAAACAGUGGUAUGAAGAUGGUUGAGGGCGGGGAUCAGGUUAUGGAGGAUGACAGGAGCAAGAAAAAUGGCGAGCUGAAGAAGAGGAGCAUUGUGUGGUGGAAGAUGCCGGUAGAGUUCCUUAGGUAUUGCUUGUUUCGGAUGAGCCCUGUGUGGGCCGUAUCUGUUGCCGCUGCUGCUAUGAUGGGCUUUGCGAUUUUGGGUCGGCGGCUGUACAAGAUGAAGAAGAGGGCCAAGGGACUGGAGAUCAAGGUUACUGUUGAUGAUAAGAAGGUAUCACAAGUUAUGAGCCGUGCUGCCCGUCUGAACGAAGCUUUCUCGAUUGUGAAAAGGGUCCCAAUGAUUCGGCCCUCACUGCCUGCUGUUGGCUCGACUAACACUUGGCCUGUAAUGAGUCUUAGAUAA